AUGUCAAAUAGUCGAGAGUACACCAUUGGUUGGAUUUGCGCCACCACCACCGAGUUCAUCGCCGCCCAGGCGUUCCUGGACGAGAAACCUGAGCCUCCCGAAAUGCUUUCUCACAACGAAAUCAACACGUACGCUCUAAAAAGAAUAGGGAAGUACAAUGUGGUCAGGGUUAUCUUGCUAAAGGUCUCAUAUGGAACUACUUCCGCUGCCGUGGCUGCGCGAGACAUGGUACACAGUUUUCCGAAUAUCCGUAUUGGCUUGAUGGUGGGCUUUGGCGGAGGUGCACCCGGUCGAAAACACGAUAUUCCACUAGGCGAUGUUUUGGUUGGCUGUCCUAGUGACGGAGAGGGCGGUAUCAUUCGAUAUGAUUACGGGAAGACGAUCCAGAACCAAACUUUUACGGAGACAGGUCACCUGAACCAGCCACCUGAGUCACCGUUAACAGCUAUGGGGGCCCUCGAGGCUGCGUAUGCUGGAGAUGGCCAC